CGGAGCACAGAGCUCCCCCUACCUGGGCCGGCGAACCUGGCCAUUCAGACACCCGCUGUCCCCGCUGCGCGCCCUUGCACUUCUGCCUGAGAAGCCAGGCGCUGCCUCUCCAUCCCGGAGGAAGAUGGCAAAAGUGACUAAGAACCUCAACCCACGCUUGCAGAAGAUGUCCCUGGGCCAGCAGCCGUCAGCAAGAACCGUGGCUUGUUUGAGGUGCAAGGGGAUGUGUUCAGGCUUUGAGCCACAUUCGUGGAGGAAAAUAUGCAAGUCUUGCAAAUGCAGCCAGGAGGACCACUGCCUAAGCUCCGACCUGGAAGACGAUCGGAAAAUCGGACGCUUGCUGAUGGACUCCAAGUACUCCACUCUGACUGCCCGGGUGAAAGGCGGGGACGGCAUCCGGAUUUACAAGAGGAACCGGAUGAUCAUGACCAACCCCAUCGCCACCGGAAAAGAUCCCACUUUUGACACCAUCACCUAUGAGUGGGCUCCCCCCGGCGUCACCCAGAAACUGGGCAUGCAGUACAUGGAACUCAUCCCCAAGGAGAGGCAGCCGGUGACGGGCACCGAGGGCGCCUACUACCGCCGCCGCCAGCUCAUGCACCAGCUCCCCAUCUACGACCAGGACCCCUCUCGCUGCCGCGGACUCGCGGAGAACGAGUUGAAACUGAUGGAAGAAUUUGUCAAGCAGUAUAAGAGCGAAGCCCUGGGCGUGGGAGAAGUGGCCCUCCCCGGGCAGGGCGGCUUGCCCAAGGAGGAGGGGAAGCAACAGGACAAGCCAGAGGGCACAGAGAGCGCGCCCACCACCAACGGCAGCCUGGGCGACCCGUCCAAGGAGGUGGAAUAUUUCUGUGAGCUCUGCAAGGGCGCGGCCCCUGCGGACAGCCCGGUGGUCUACUCAGACAGGGCCGGCUACAGCAAGCAGUGGCACCCGGCCUGCUUCGUGUGCGUCAAGUGCUCCGAGCCGCUGGUGGACCUCAUCUACUUCUGGAAGGACGGCGCCCCCUGGUGUGGUCGGCACUACUGCGAGAGCUUGCGGCCCCGGUGUUCUGGCUGCGAUGAGAUCAUCUUCUCCGAGGACUACCAGCGCGUGGAAGAUCUGGCCUGGCACCGGAAGCACUUUGUCUGCGAGGGCUGUGAGCAGCUGCUGAGUGGCCGGGCCUACAUUGUCACCAAGGGCCAGCUCCUCUGCCCCACUUGCAGCAAGUCCAAACGCUCCUGAGGAGCAGCCCGCCCACAGUCAGAAACCACCGGAUCCCUCUGAGAGCCCGGGCCAUCCUCAGGGGCGGAUGUGACAGCCAGCAAGCUACAUAAACAGUGAUCUUUUCCCCCCAGUGGGAAUCUCUGUAUCAUCUAGGUUGAGUGAUGGUGGAUCCUUGAGGGUCAGUAGUUGCAAACCAGAGAUGUUCUGAGAAGUCUUAGAACGGGUUCAUUUGUGCCGUGCUGGUGGUUUCCCAGCCACAACCUACCGCAGACCCAGAGGGUGCCCUGCGAGGGAGCUCAAGGGGGCAUUUCCCAGAAGGCCCUUCUCUCCCUGGCGGGCCAGUCGCGUAGCUGUAGGGUGCAGGAGCUCCUCUGGGAACAGGCUGGGAUUCCGACUGUCACUCCUUGUCUCUGUUUCAAGUGGCAUUUGGAUUUUAAAUGAACAACUAUGUGGGGCAUGAUAAACACAUCAAUAAAAGUUUUACGAAGUCC